AGUGAGAAACUACUACGCGUGUGAAUCUCAUGAAGCCGGUUGUAACCAUGCGUGUUUUACUCUAAUGUUUACUAUUCAGAGCUCUGUUUUAUAACGGAAUACGUGUAUUCUGUUUGUAAUGAAAAUGGGAUACAUUUUAAUGCGGGAUUUAAUAUUAAGCGCGUUUUUUCCGAUGACUUCUUAGGACUGUAAACUGCGGAAUACGACAGAGGUCCACGAUAAAAUCCCAAUGGACAAUGGGAAUAUCAUGGACCUUUUUAACAGGGGGAGGCCAGUCAGAGUGUGUGCACCCAUGGUCCGCUACUCAAAGCUGCCUUUCAGAUGUCUGGUGAGGAAAUAUGACUGUGAUGUGUGUUUCACCCCAAUGAUCAUUGCAGCUGAUUUCAUGCGCUCUGCAAAAGCUAGAGACAGUGAAUUCACCACCAAUAAGACUGACCGGCCCUUGAUCGUCCAGUUUGCUGCGAAGGAUGCACAGACGCUGGCAGAUGCGGCGUGUGUGGUUUCUCCUUUCUCAGAUGGAGUGGAUUUGAACUGUGGCUGUCCACAAAGGUGGGCCAUGUCUGAAGGUUACGGUGCGUGUCUGAUUAACAAACCUGAGCUAGUGAAAGACAUGGUUCGACUUGUUCGAAACCAAAUCGACAACCCCAGCUAUGCAGUAUCCAUUAAAAUAAGAGUUCACAAAGAUAUCAGGAAGACAGUGGAUCUCUGUCAGAAGGUCGAGGCAGCAGGAGUCUCAUGGAUUACAGUUCACGGUCGUACAGCCGACGAGAGGCACCAGCCCGUUCACUACGACGCCAUUAAGACCAUCAAGGACAGUCUUUCCAUCCCAGUCAUUGCUAAUGGUGACAUCAAGAGCAUGCAGGAUGUGGAGGCCAUCUACGAGCUCACAGGGGUGGAUGGUGUCUGAAAUACAAUGACGUUGCAGUGGACUGCGGUUGCAUCUUUCUUGUAUGUGGAGAUUGGCGUCCUCGUCAUCUUGUGUCUGCCUUUCAUCUCUGCUCAAAGAUGGCAGAGUAUUUUCAAAUGGAGCAUCUGGAACCGUCUUUCCCAGUUCUGGAACAAAGGCUUUCUCACUAUGAUAAUAAUCCUCAUCGUACUCUUUCUUGAUGCCCUGCGGGAGGUGAGGAAGUACUCGAGCACUGACCAGAGCAAAGACUCCAAACUGCACCCCAACAUGUUCGACCACAUGCACAUGAAGCUCUUCCGAGCUCAGAGGAACCUCUACAUCUCGGGCUUCUCGCUCUUCCUGUGGCUUGUCAUGAGGAGAGUCGUCACUCUGAUAAGCCAGUUGGCCACGGCCGUCGGCACCAGCGUCGCUCUGCAGACUCAGGCUGAAAGUGCUAACAAAGCUGCCAAGAAAUACAUGGAGGACAAUGAGAUGCUCAAACAGGCACUUACAGAUGCUAAAGGAGAAGGAGGGAAGAUACAAGAUCCAGAAGAGAACAAACUCCUGAAGAAAGAGGUGCAGAGACUGACGGAGGAGCUGAAGAGCAGCACAGAUGCUCUGAAAAAGUCAAAGUCAGAUUUGGACACCAUGAAGAAACAAACUGAAGGACUGACCAAAGAAUACGACCGUCUCCUUCAAGAGCACCAGGAGAUUCAGAAUCAGCUGGACAGUGGAGACAAAAAAGACAACUAAGCAAGUGGAUGCAUUGGAAACCUGUACGUUAACGCACGAUAAUCACGAUCAUGCUCAGUUCCUCCCACCCCAAAUACACUCACCUGGUAGCAUGACAUGCAAACUGUUACAAGUUCUUGACAGUCAAUUCAUGAUAUCACAUCCUGUCAGGUUACCUGCUCACCACACAUCUGAAGUAGCAGUUUUCACAGUUUCCAGCUUUGAUCCCUCUGGUUUUGAUGUUGAAGCACUGCAGUGCUGUAUUUUGAGACUGCUGCAUACUGCGGCUGUCUGCGAAUACAGCCACUGAAACCCAACACUCAUUGAUGUGUUUACAGGGAACCGUAGGUUAUUUAGUCAAAAAAGCCAUAGUGACUGAUGUUUGCAUGUUGCAUUGAGAUACCUUGUGUCGCUUUCCUUCUCUUCUGCUUCAUUCUCUCUCUAUUAUUUUGCUUAAAAAGUGCAUAUCAAACCAGGUUAGUCAUGCAACAUCCAGAACAUGCAAACAUGAGUCUCAGUAGCUGUAACAGUAGUACUUUUCAAGCAUAUUUCCACAGCAAUAUUUCCAUCCAAAGACGACAUAAUGGAAGCCUAUCUAAGAUGACAUACAUUACAGGCUACGUUAGUCAUUUGAUCAACUUUAAUUAAGAAGAAUAAAACCGUUUACACAUAAACAACAGGUAAGAAGUAAACACAUCACAAUGAGACCAUUUAUUUCUGGGCUGAGCAAACAGUCUGUUAACGAGCGGUUAGUGUGUUUGUUCUCGAGUUCUUGAGAGGUAGGUCAAUUACACCUGAGUUCAAAUGCUGUUAGUUGUUAAACAAAUGCUGAAAUGUGAAAUUUAAACUGAUUUCACAGUCCAAUACAGAUAAGUGAGCAUUUCUUAAUUUCGAGUCCAUUUGAGGUAGAUGCUUUUGUGCUAUCGAUGCUUACUAGGAUAACACUGGUGAAUGUUACAAAACAUGUCCAGGCCUUAUUUCACUCAGAAAUCAAAUUAUAUUUUGCAUAGAGAAAAUUAAACUAUUAAGAUUUUUUUUUUUGCAUUUAUAUUAUUAUUUAAAAAUGUUUCAUUACAAUUAAGCACAUUUUUAUGGAAGCUUGUUUCUGCCAUUGGAUUAAAAAAAAAAAAAAAAAAAAGAAAAAAA